CAGUAACUUAGAAAAAAUUCUCAUUAAUGUUUAUAAUUGAUAUUUUAGGACACCUUUAAAGAUGACGUUAAAGUAUCCAUCAAGGUCCUCCACACCAACUUUCAGCCUAUAGGUGCCCAGGAGAGUGACUGUAUACGCCGCCUGAAUCAAGCUGAUCCCUACCACUUGGCACCAAUUUUAAGAUUACAGAAUACAUUCAUGCUGGACAAUCACUACUGUAUGGUGUUUGAUCUCCUGGACCCGUCCCCUCUGUCACUGCACUUCAAAAAAAUAGAUAAAAAUCAGAUGAUUCCACUGCUGAAGAAAGUUACAGUGAAACUGCUUCAGGCUUUGGGGUUUUUGAAACAGCAGAAUGUAAUCCAUGCGGAUCUUAAGCCAGAAAACAUACUCUUAGAGUCAGAGCACAAUUUCUCUAGUCUGAAGAUAGCUGAUUUUGGGAAUGCCUUCCACUGUGUCCAUGAUGAAGUCUCUUUGUACUAUGAUGACUUUGAACUACAGACUUUACUGUAUAGAGCUCCUGAGGUGAUGUUUGGCAUCCCGUUUGGCACGGAGGUGGACAUGUGGUCUCUGGGCUGUAUCUUGGCCGAGCUCUACUUGGGGCAGCCAUUGUUUGGGUACGGGAACAAGAAAUUGGUCCUUGAACAGAUUACGAAAGUACUUGGCCCUUUUCCACGAGAUCUGUGUCAGAGAGGGAAGUAUUUCCAGGAAUUAAAGUAUUUGACAGAACCAGGACAGCAGAAGGAAGCCACCAUGAAAAUAUUGAAGAAGUUGAGACAAAGCUCAUCUGCUGUCACGGACUUUUCCUUUGCAAGUUUUUUAUCAGGACUUCUCAGAUACAAUCCAGCUGAGCGAUUGACACCCUCCCAAGCAGCCAGGCAUCCAUUUCUGGCAUCAGAGCUGGGAUUCAGAUAUCUUCUAGACAAUGAGACCUACCCUUCGUGCCAUUUGACACGUGAGAUGUAUGGUGAUUAUGGACCAGCGAUAGCACCGCAAAUCUCAAAGCGCUUUCUAUCCCCCGUAGCUCUUCUGCACAGGGGCACUUCUAUUCAGCCCCCAGUGGAAUUACCCCAGGGCUGUAAUGGUGCCUCACGUCAUUCCAAGAUGCUGGGACACAGCAGCAGACAAGUAGCAGAGGUUCUGCCACUGAAGAAGGUCACACCAACCUCAAAACUUAGAGUGAAUGAGCAUCGAGGCAGUACGAGAUGGUUAGAUGCUGAUGUGGAUAAUGGUCCUGCAAAUAACAGUGCAAGACAGCUAGGCACAAACUCCCAGAAUGCUUCAGUACAUAUGGCUGUGAUGGAGAGUCAUAGGGUGGCAGAAAAUGGCCAUGAUUUAGCUGAUGAGGUGAAUGGCCUGUAUCGACAGAUCCAGGAUGAGAAUGCAUUGUUGGAAGAAUAUCCCUCCACUUCUGAGGAAAGUGAUGAUGAACAUGUUCAGAGUGAUCAUGCCCCAAGAGAGUGGUUUAGGUUCAAUGGGACACCACAGAAUGAAAGUGAAAGUUCUCAGGAUUCAUUAGAAGGUCAGAAUAACUCCAGGCAUGUAGAAAUAAAUAACAGCCAUGUCAGGCAGGUUCAGGUGCCAGGAACUCAAAACCUCAAUGAUUUAACAUUUAGCAUCAAUGAUGAACAUGUUGAAAAUUUAGCCAAUAACAAUGCUACUGACUCCUCAAUGAGCAGAAGACAGGAGAAAGGCUAUUUUGUUCACGGUUUGACAGAUCAAAGAUUUUUUGAAAAACAAAGUGCGAGAAAGAGAGAGUUUGUUCAUCAGACCCCGAGGAAUGGGAGGUUUGCCCAUGUGUCUGGGGAAGAUAGAGAUUUUGUGCGGAGUAAAGAGAGAAGAAGGUCCGCAGAUAAUGUGACACCAAGAAAUGAGAAGGAAGAAGGGGUUAUGCUACUUACCCCAGUAAAUAAACCAGAAUCUGAGGCCACUGGGCAUAAAACACAAGACAUCAAGGAUAAACCAAAUUUAUCUGAAAAUGACAAUCUGCAUCACCAGGGACACAAAGGUAAAUUAAUAGGAAAAUGCCCUUUAGGUAAAAAUUAUACAGACAAUGGUUUGUUCAGAGAUAAGGAGCUAAAAGAAACUUCAAGAAGACCGACAACAGUUAAUGCUGAAGUACAGACUGCAAACAGAAAAGAGAAUGUGCCACAGGGGAAUUUCAGCUGUGAUAGAGAGAGUAUUGGAGACAAAAAGUACCUUUUCAAAGAACACAAAAAUAACACAGAGCCACUGCCACCUCAUAUAGGUACAGAUGAGGAAUUUCCUGGUGAUAAAAACAAGGUGCUGAAGGAUCGUGUGAAAAGAAUCUCAUUGGGUUUGAGCAAGACAGAUGUAGUAAAUAUCGUAAACCCAGACAAAAAUGAUGUAUUCAGUCAACAUGGUACAGGUAUUACAAAACGGGCGCAAGUUUUGACAAAUGAAUACGGCCAUGAUGACUCAGCAAGAAAUGGCAAGCAUGACUCAGCAGGUUGCAAGAAGAGGAGAGUUAAAGGCACAGCUUUCCAUAACUCAGGAAAUGGAGAUGCCUGUUAUGUAGCAGAGGGUAAAAAGCGGAAAUUUCAUCAUUAUGAGCAAAACUCUACAUCAAAGUUAAAUGAUACUUUCACUGUAGAAGUUAAGGAUGACAGGUGCAAAGUUACAAAUUUCAAUCAUUUUCGUGAAGUCAAAAACAAAUUACUCAAGAAGAACAUGAAAGAGUUUUCACAUUAUCCAAGUAAAAAUAAGCAUGUACCAAGUAGGUAUUUGACAGAAAGUUUGGUUGAUGAAAAAUCAUCUGAAGUUACCAACUUUAGGGAAUUAAGUAGUAACAGAACAAGUUCAAGUGAAUCGGCAGCAAAUUCCAAUAAAAUCUUGAACGUGUAUGACUUUCAUGACGACUCUCCACAAAAAGUGAAAAGACAACUGAUAAUGCAAGAGUCCAGUCAGACUUCCGUGUCACCAGACAAUACCGCAAUUAUCAACUUUGCAAGUGAAUCUCCACGCCCUAGCAGUCAAAAGAAACCAAUUUCCCAAAAGCAGAAUAAAAAAAGAAAAUCUAAGUUUCAGGUUGGGAAGUGUGCACAACCUAAAAGUUGUGACUCUGUCAAGAAAGAAGAUGAGUUGGCUUCUGGCUCAAGUGGUUUUAAGUUUUUACCUGAAAGAAAAGGAAAAAGGAUGAACCGAAAGUCUUAUUUGCAAGCCAAAAAGAAAAUAAAAGAACAGUGUGUGGAAGAACAGUCAACAAGUCAACAAAUUGACCAACUAGGAAGAUUUUCUCAGAAGGGUAAAAGUGGGAAGUCAAGGAAAGGACAGAAGGAAAGUUACCAGGUUGUACAAGUAGUUGAGAUGAGUUCAGAUGAAGAUACCGUAGGAAGCCCAAGAAACAAAAGUUCAGUGGACCAUAUUUACCAGGGGCCAGAUGAUGAUAGUCUAGAGUAUGGUACUUCUAGUGAUGAGGCAGAAGAAGAGGAGGUUGACAUUCUAACAAUGGACCACUAGCCUAAGAAAAGAGCUAGAAAGUGAUCUCAAUAUUGGAAGAACUAUGACUUAGAAGAUCAUAGCAUCCAAUGUUUUUUUAGUAUUUUAUAGGGACCAAACAUACUCCAUAAAGUCAUUUUGCAUGUGAACUGUUUUUAAUCUGGAUGAAGUAAUCUUUCUUUUUUGAGGAAGAAGAUUUUAUUGUAAAAGAACGUAGUAAUUAUUAUCUUUUAAAUUUUGGCAUGUUAAAUUUUAAAUGUUCAUAAUUUUCUGUAGUUUCCCUCAGAGAUUGAGGGAUAUGCGAUUUUUGAUUAAUAGAAACUGAUUACAGUUUACAAGUAGUUAGGAGUUCUUGCUUUUUAAAGGGAUAACAACUCUUCAUUUUGGUGGGAAAAGUGCCAUAAUAAAUUUUUUUUUGGUAAACGAUGAUUUUCCUUUACUUUCCAUUGUUUAAUGACUUUGUUCUGACAUACAAAGUUGUUUUUUAGAGAUUCAGAUAUUAUUAUUAUUGUUUUUCAGAGAUUAUUACUGAGGGUAGCUGGCCAUUAAGAUCUGUGUGGUCCAGAUGGCUAGCACAGAUUUCAGAAUAAUUGUGAUUACUGCCAUUUACACAUUGGUGGUACAAUGGAAUUUAAUUUUGAAACUCAUAUGAAGAGGUGUUAUCCCCUGGAGUUUUAUUGAAAUGUUAUCAUUUUGAAAUUUUAUCUAACUUUGAAAGUCUAAACAGUUUAUUUACAUGUUAUGAUCAAAACCAUUCAUUUUAGUCAUUCAAUGUAGGUGUGAGGACAUUCACAUUUGCAUCAAGAAUUUCUUUGAACAAUUUUAAACAAUAAAUACUUUCUUACUGUCUGUGCGUUUUAUCACCGUUUCUGAAUUUAACUACCCUAGGUUCUAGAUUGUCAGCUCGAUCUUGAUUUCAUAUAUAACCCAUAUCGCAAUACCAGGCUCUAGUGCACAGCGGCCAUGUUAGGCUCCCGUCAAUCAAACAGAACUGCUCUGCAGUGAAGCUGCAGUUGAAUGUCAUCAGACCAAAAUAAAACGUAAAAUAGAUUUAAUUCU